AUGUUUGUUGGUUGGUAUGUGGUUGUUGGAUUUUUGGGGUGUUGGUGUUGUUGGGGUUUUAUUGGUGGUUGGGUUGGGGGUUUGGGUGAGUGGUUAGUGGUGGGGUUGUUAUUGGGGUAUAGUUUUGUGUGGGGUAUUUUGGAGGUGUUGGUUUGUGAUUUUUUAUGUUGGGUUUUUUGGGGGGUUGGUGGGUGGGGGUGGUGGUGGUUGGUGGUGGGAGGUGGGGUUGUAGUUUGUUGGUUUUUUUUUUGGUGGGUUUUUUGUUGGUGGUUUUAUGAGGUUGGUAUAGUGUGUUGGUUUUGUUGGGGGUUGUGUGUGGUGUGUGUUUGGUGGGGUUGUUGGGUGGUUGGGUUUUUUGUGGGGUUUAUGUGGUGGUGUUGUGUUGUGGGGGGUGGGUUGGUGUGGGGGUGUUGGGGGUGGUGGUUUGGGUUUUUUGGUUGUGGUGGGUGUUUGUGGUUUUGUGUUUGGGGGGGUUUUGGGGGGGUGUGGUGUUGGGGUGUUGUGUGGGGGUUUUUUUGUGGGGGGUUUUGUUUGGUUGGUUUUAUUAUAUUGUGGUUUGAGUGGUGGUGGGAGUUUUUUUGGGGGGGGGUGGUGGGUGGGGGGUGGUGGUGUGGGUUUUUGUUGGUGGGUUUUGUGUGGGGGUUUGUGUUGGGGGGUUGUUGUUGUAGUUGGGGUUUGUUUAGGGUGGGGUUGUUUUUGGGUGGGGGUGUGUUUGGGGGGUGGUUGGUGGGUGGGUGGUGGUGGUGGAGUUGUGUAGUGGGUUGGUUUGUGAUGUUUGGGUUUAUAUUUGGUGGGGGUAUGUAUUUGGAUGGGAUUAUUUGGGUUGUGUUGGGGUUGUGGUGUGGGGGUUAUGUUUGUUUGUUUUGUUGGUAUGGGGUGGUUGUGGUGUGUGGAUGGGGUGGUGGUGGUUGGGGUUUUUUAGGUGUGGUUGGUUUGGGUUGGGGUGGGUGUGUGUGGUGGGUGGGGGUGGGUGGGUGGUGGGGGGGGGGUGGUGGUGGGGGGUUUUGGUUGUGUGGUUGGUGUGGGUUUUGUGGGUGUGUUGUUGUGGGGGGUGUGUGGGGGGGGUUUGUGUUGGUUGUGGGGGGUUUUUUAGGUGGUGUGUGGGUGGUGUGGUUUGGGUUGGGUGGGGUGUUUUUGGUGUUGUUUGUGGUUUGUGUUGGUGUUUUUGAAUGGUGUUUUGUGGUUGUUUUUGGUUUGGUGGUGGGUGUGGGGGGGUUGGGGAUUGGGGUGUUGUUGUGGGGGUGUGGUGGGGUGUGUUUGGUAGUGGGAUUUGGUGGUUUGUUGGGGAUGUUGGGUGGUUUUUAUGUGGGUGUUUUGGUGUGUUGUGUUGGAAGGAGGGUGGGAGUGUGUUGUUUGGAGGAGGGUUGGGUGUGUUGUGGAUGUGGUUUAGGGGUGUGUGUGGUAAGUUGUGUUGUGUUGGUUUGUGGUGUUGGUGGUGGUGGUUGUGGGUGUUGGGGUUUGGUUGGGUGGUGGUAUGUUGUGGUGUUUGUUUUGAUUUUUGUGUUUUGUUUUUUGUUGUUGUUGGUUGGUGGGGGGGUUGGUGUUUUGGGGUGGUGGGGUUGGGGGUGUGUUGGUGGGUUUUUUUUGUUUGGUUGUUUUUUUUGGUGGUUUGAGUGUGUUUUGGAUGUGUGGUGGGGGGUUGUAGGUGGGGUUUUGUUGGAGGGGUGUGUUGGGGUUGUGUGGUUAGGGUUUGUGUUUUGGGUAUGGUGGUGGUGGGUUGGGUUAUGUGUGUUUGUUGGUGUGUGGUAUGGUGGUGGGUUUGUGGGUGUGAUGGGAUUGAGAACCAGAACAGCGGUGAGAGCUCCAGAGUCGGUCGCGCUGUGGAGCCUUUUCCCGGGUAACGACAGACCAGCGCCUGCUCAGAACUCUAUCGGCUUUGGGAGAACCAGGAGAGCGAGCGGCUCUGUGCCCACUGUCAUCCCAGGAACAAGAGCCUUUACCCGGCUUGAGAAGCGACCAACAGCCGCCCGGUCACCGGGUGUCCACACACCGGGGUCCACACAGCCCGUGUCCGCCUGUGGGGCUUCAGAGGCCGGCUGUGGGAGCGCUGAAGAGGCGGUGAGCGGUCGUAGGGGCAGGGUCACAGCCGGAGGGUGGAGCCACAACUGGAGAGGCGGAGCCACACCUGUUGGGGCGGAGCCACAGUGCGGUGCCAGGAUGUUCCAGCUGCCGGUGAAUAACCUGAGCGCGCUGCGAAAGGCGCGAAAGAACGUGAAGAAGGCAUUAGGAGACAUCGGCCUGGACUUCGCCAGAGAGCACCUCCCUGACUUCAAAGACUUCGAGCCUCCUGAAGUCUACGUCAAACACACGUGUUGGGAUGAUGUGUGUUCAUGGGAGCCGUCACACACCAAAGUGCAGGAGUACCGCUCCAAACCCUUUGUGUGUUCUGGAUGUGUGUUCUCGUCUAAGUACUUCUCUGCGUACAAGAGCCACUUCAGGAACGUCCACAGUGAGAACUUCGAGAACAACAUCCUGCUCAACUGUCCGUACUGCAGCUUCAACGGCAACAAGAGCGCUCUGGAGAUGCACAUCAAGCUGUUCCACAUGGGCCCUGCAGGGCCUCGCUCCGGGGCCCCUGGGCCUACAGGGGCCACGGGGGCCACAGGCCUCAGGGACCUCAGGACUGCAGCUGAUAAAGUGGAGCAGGCUGUUUACUACUGUAAGAAGUGUACGCACAAAGACCCUCUGUACAACGUGGUGCGCAAACACAUCUACCGCGAGCACUUCCACCAGGUGGCACAGCCGUACAUCGUGAGGCCCGGGGAGAAGGGGGAGAAGGGGGAGAAGGGGGAGAGUGCAGACAAGAGCCCGGAGGAGAACAAGGCGGCUCUGGCCGCGCAGCAGAUCCACUGCAGGAAGUGUCUGUUUGUGCCGCGCACGUACGAGGCGCUGGUGCAGCAUGUGAUUGAGGACCAUGAGAGGAUCGGGUACCAGGUGACCGCCAUGAUCGGACACACCAGCGUCAUGGUGCCCCGUCCAAAACCCGUCGCCAUGGUGACGCCCAAGCCACCAGAGAAGACCGUGAUCGGGAUGGGGCCAAAAGGCGCCGUCAUGGCGACCACUCGCACUGGCCUUAGCCAAGGGGCGGGGCCUAAGUCCUCUGUGUUCCAGGGGGCGACACCUAAAGCCUCGGUGCGCCUCACACUUCCUGGUAACGCACAAGUGUUUGUGCCACAGUCUCACGCCGUGAAGCAGGCGCCAGGAGCAGCUUUGCGCGCUGCCGCCAUGAGCGCACUGAAGCCCCGCCCACUUGGUGCCCGAGUGCAGCCCGCCGCCACCACGGUCACAUCCCUUGCUCCAAAGCGCGGCUCGGCUCUUGGCACCGCGUUCACACAGAAGUGGAAGAUCUGCACUAUCUGCAACGAGCUGUUCCCAGAGAACGUCUACAGCGCACACUUCGAGAAGGAGCACAAGGCCGAGAAGGUCCCUGCGGUGGCUAACUACAUCAUGAAGAUCCACAACUUCACCAGUAAGUGUCUGUACUGUAACCGCUACCUGCCGAGCGACACCCUGCUGAACCACAUGCUGAUCCACGGCCUCAACUGCUCCUUCUGCCGCGCCUCCUUCAACGACGUGGAGAAGCUGGUGUCCCACAUGCGCUCCUCUCACCCGGGGGAGACCACGGUGCGCCCCAAAGCAGACUCCCCCCUCACCCCCCUCACCUUUGACCUGACGCUGCAGCAGGGGAACCCCAAGAACGUGCAGCUCAUUGUCACCACCUACAGCCUGAAGGAUGCGCCCGAGGAGUCUGUGGCCUUCCACCAGACCUCGGGCCUGGGCUCCUCCUUGGGCUCCUCUUUGGGCUCCUCUUUGGGCUCCUCUUUGGGCUCCUCUUUGGGCUCCUCUUUGGGCUCCUCCUUGGGCUCCUCUUUGGGCUCCUCUUUGGGCUCUUCUUUGGGCUCUUCCCUGGGCUCCCGGAGGAUGCUGCCCCUCUCCUCUCGCCUCUCCUCAGCUGCCCUCAGGAAUGCGUCUCAAGCUGGGGUCCCGUACAAACGUGACAUUGGGAAGACGCUGUGUCCACUAUGCUUCUCCAUCCUCAAAGGGCCAAUCUCCGAGUCGCUGGCCCACCACCUCAAAGACCGCCAUCAGGUUAUCCAGACCGUUCACCCGGUGGAGAAGAAGCUAACCUACAAAUGCAUCCACUGUCUGGGCGUCUACACCAGCAACAUGACGGCCUCCACCAUCACGCUGCACCUGGUGCACUGCCGCGGCGUGGGGAAAUCCCCGGGCGCCGCCAGCGCUCGCCACGGCGCACAAGGCACCGGCAGCUCUGCUAACAAACCCACCACCAACGGCUCCUCUGCACACACGGCCACAGGCGGCUCCUCAGCGCGCCUCGUGCCUCCACGCGGCUCCAAACGACCUAACCCUGAGACACGCCGCCACGCGCUGCCGUGCAAGCGCCGCAGAGGCCCCCCUGGAGAGAGGGCACACCCCCGAGACAUGAACGCACUGCUGUACCCGGAGGAGCCGCUCGUGGAGCUGGCUCUGGAGCCUCAUGGGCUGGAGAAUAAACCUGCUGCAGAGAAGAGGGCCUUCCUCAGCCGCUACUUCCACACACAGCCAUACCCCUCAGAGCGCCACCUACAGGCGCUGGCUGUGCGCCUGUGGAUGUGGGAGUCAGAGGUGCGCGCUCACUUUGAAGACCAGAGGAACCAGUGCAAACACAAGUGUUCAGCCGAGCGCGCCAACGUCCUGCUGGGCUUCGACAUGGAGCGCCUGAGCACUCUGCAGCAUCCACUCAGUCUGAGGGUUCACAAGGGCCUCACGGGUGGAGCGUCGCGCACGUCACACAGACGCAUCGGAGUUUCAGAAACACGGAGAAAACACAGACCGCAGCCUGGAGUGACCAUCACCUCUGACAGUGAUGAAGAGGGGGAGGAGCCAGAGUGCGUUGAGGGGACUGAGUCAGAGGAAGGGGAGGAGUGCGCUCAAGAAGGGGAGGAGCCAGAGGAGUGUGCUAACGAGGGGGAGGAGCCAGAGGAGUGUGCUAACGAGGGGGAGGAGCCAGAGGAGUGUGCUAACGAGGGGGAGGAACCAGAGGAGCAAGAUAGUGAAGGGGUGGAGCCAAUGGACGUACUGGCUGACAUGUCAGAGCUGACACUGAAGCUGACAUUAGAGCUAGCACUGAAGCUGGCAUUAGAGCUAGCACUGAAGCUGGCGUUAGAGCUGACACUGAAGCUGGCGUUAGAGCUGACACUGAAGCUGGCGUUAGAGCUGACACUGAAGCUGGCGUUAGAGCUGACACUGAAGCUGGCGUUAGAGCUGACACUGAAGCUGGCGUUAGAGCUGACACUGAAGCUGGCAGCUGACAUUGAAGCUGGCGUAGAGCUGACAUUAGAGCUGACACUGAAGCUGACAUUAGAGCUGACACUGAAGCUGACACUGAAGCUGGCGUUAGAGCUGACACUGAAGCUGGCGUUAGAGCUGACACUGAAGCUGGCGUUAGAGCUGACACUGAAGCUGGCGUUAGAGCUGACACUGAAGCUGGCGUUAGAGCUGACAUUAGAGCUGACACUGAAGCUGACACUGAAGCUGGCGUUAGAGCUGACACUGAAGCUGGCGUUAGAGCUGACACUGAAGCUGGCGUUAGAGCUGACAUUAGAGCUGACACUGAAGCUGACACUGAAGCUGGCGUUAGAGCUGACACUGAAGCUGGCGUUAGAGCUGACACUGAAGCUGGCGUUAGAGCUGACACUGAAGCUGGCGUUAGAGCUGACACUGAAGCUGGCGUUAGAGCUGACACUGAAGCUGGCGUUAGAGCUGACACUGAAGCUGGCGUUAGAGCUGACACUGAAGCUGGCGUUAGAGCUGACACUGAAGCUGGCGUUAGAGCUGACACUGAAGCUGGCGUUAGAGCUGACACUGAAGCUGGCGUUAGAGCUGACACUGAAGCUGGCGUUAGAGCUGACACUGAAGCUGGCGUUAGAGCUGACAUUAGAGCUGACACUGAAGCUGACAUUAGAGCUGACACUGAAGCUGACACUGAAGCUGGCGUUAGAGCUGACACUGAAGCUGGCGUUAGAGCUGACACUGAAGCUGGCGUUAGAGCUGACACUGAAGCUGGCGUUAGAGCUGACACUGAAGCUGGCGUUAGAGCUGACACUGAAGCUGGCGUUAGAGCUGACAUUAGAGCUGACACUGAAGCUGGCGUUAGAGCUGACACUGAAGCUGGCGUUAGAGCUGACACUGAAGCUGGCAGCUGACACUGAAGCUGGCGUUAGAGCUGACACUGAAGCUGGCGUUAGAGCUGACACUGAAGCUGGCGUUAGAGCUGACACUGACGUUAGACUGAAGCUGGCGUUAGAGCUGACACUGAAGCUGGCGUUAGAGCUGACACUGAAGCUGGCGUUAGAGCUGACACUGAAAGCUGGCCUGACACUGAAGCUGGCGUUAGAGCUGACACUGAAGCUGGCGUUAGAGCUGACACUGAAGCUGGCGUUAGAGCUGACACUGAAGCUGGCGUUAGAGCUGACACUGAAGCUGGCGUUAGAGCUGACAUUAGAGCUGACACUGAAGCUGGCGUUAGAGCUGACACUGAAGCUGGCGUUAGAGCUGACACUGAAGCUGGCGUUAGAGCUGACACUGAAGCUGGCGUUAGAGCUGACACUGAAGCUGGCGUUAGAGCUGACACUGAAGCUGGCGUUAGAGCUGACACUGAAGCUGGCGUUAGAGCUGACACUGAAGCUGGCGUUAGAGCUGACACUGAAGCUGGCGUUAGAGCUGACACUGAAGCUGGCGUUAGAGCUGACACUGAAGCUGGCGUUAGAGCUGACACUGAAGCUGGCGUUAGAGCUGACACUGAAGCUGGCGUUAGAGCUGACACUGAAGCUGGCGUUAGAGCUGACACUGAAGCUGGCGUUAGAGCUGACACUGAAGCUGGCGUUAGAGCUGACACUGAAGCUGGCGUUAGAGCUGACACUGAAGCUGGCGUUAGAGCUGACACUGAAGCUGGCGUUAGAGCUGACACUGAAGCUGGCGUUAGAGCUGACACUGAAGCUGGCGUUAGAGCUGACACUGAAGCUGGCGUUAGAGCUGACACUGAAGCUGGCGUUAGAGCUGACACUGAAGCUGGCGUUAGAGCUGACACUGAAGCUGGCGUUAGAGCUGACACUGAAGCUGGCGUUAGAGCUGACACUGAAGCUGGCGUUAGAGCUGACACUGAAGCUGGCGUUAGAGCUGACACUGAAGCUGGCGUUAGAGCUGACAUUAGAGCUGACACUGAAGCUGACAUUAGAGCUGACACUGAAGCUGACACUGAAGCUGGCGUUAGAGCUGACACUGAAGCUGGCGUUAGAGCUGACACUGAAGCUGGCGUUAGAGCUGACACUGAAGCUGGCGUUAGAGCUGACACUGAAGCUGGCGUUAGAGCUGACACUGAAGCUGGCGUUAGAGCUGACACUGAAGCUGGCGUUAGAGCUGACACUGAAGCUGGCGUUAGAGCUGACACUGAAGCUGGCGUUAGAGCUGACACUGAAGCUGGCGUUAGAGCUGACACUGAAGCUGGCGUUAGAGCUGACACUGAAGCUGGCGUUAGAGCUGACACUGAAGCUGGCGUUAGAGCUGACACUGAAGCUGGCGUUAGAGCUGACACUGAAGCUGGCGUUAGAGCUGACAUUAGAGCUGACACUGAAGCUGACACUGAAGCUGACACUGAAGCUGACUGAGGAGCUGUAA